AUGGCGCCACCGCGCAUCGAACCACAGGAGAUCGAGACGUACUGGAACAUCUUUGCGACCAGGACGAAUGGCGGCAAGUUUCUUACGGGCGAGCAGGCGGCGCCGGUGCUGAAGAACAGCGGCCUGCGCGACGACCAGCUCGAGAGGGUGUGGGACCUUGCCGACGUCGACAACGAUGGAAACCUGGACUUUGAGGAGUUUUGCGUGGCUAUGCGCGUCAUCUUUGACAUAUUGAACGGGGAAUAUGCCGACGUCCCCACGACCCUGCCGGAUUGGCUCGUGCCCGAGUCGAAGGCGCACCUCGUCCAGGCGAGCCGAGCGCUCACGGGAAAGCAGGUGCAGUUCGAGCAGGUUGACGACGAUCCGGAUUCCCCGGGCCUGAAGGACGGCUUCGAUUGGUACAUGAGCCCGGCGGACAAGGCCAAGUACGAACAGAUAUACCAAGAGAACCGGGACAUGCGCGGCGAGGUAUCCUUCUCCGCCCUCGAAGACCUCUAUGAGUCCCUCGACGUGCCCGACACCGACAUCCGCAGCGCGUGGAACCUGAUCAACCCGUCGGCGGGCCCGAGCAUCAACAAGGACGCGGCCCUGGCCUUCCUGCACAUCCUGAACAACCGGCACGAGGGCUACCGCAUCCCGCGGACGGUGCCGGCGUCGCUGCGCGCCAGCUUCGAGCGCAACCAGAUCGACUACCAGGUGGACAAGCAGCGGUCUGGCGGGGGGGCCGCCGCGGCGGCGUCCCGGUGGGCGACGCGCGCCGACGACGAGACCAGCACGGGCCGCAAGGCCAAGUUCGGCGACCAGUACCUGACGCGGCUGGGGCGCAGCGGCUUCAAGGCGGCGGGCACGGACUUCGCCGCCGGCAGGACCGACGCGGACUGGGAGGAGGUGCGGCUCAAGAAGGAGCUGGCGGACCUGGAGGAGAGGAUGGCCAAGGUCGAGGCCGCCGGGGAGGCGAGGAGGGGCGGGGCAAAGAGGGAUAGCAAGCCGGCGCUGGUGAAGAGGGAGCUGGAGCAGCUGCUGGACUACAAGAGGAAGCGGCUGAGGGACCUGGAGGAGGGGAGUGGUGGCGGCAAGGGCAGGGCCGGCGGCGGGUUGAAGGGAGUGGUGGAGGACUUGCAGACUGUCAAGGAGCAGGUCGAGGGCCUGGAGUCACAUUUGCUGUCGCGGCAGCAGGUCCUGGAGAAGCUGCGGAGGGAGAUUGAGGACGAGAAGGCGGGCCGGUGA